AAUGUGAUAUUAAAUUACCUCAACACACGAGGGAAGCAAAUGAUGAGAAGAGUGGUUUUGUUGGGCAACAAAUGGCUGAACAAGAAUUAUGUGAUACCAAAUUAAGGGAGGAGAAUGAUGAGAAAGGAGAACCAAAUGCCAGCCAUAAAAAACUAGGAAAAUACUUCUUUUACGACUCACCACUUUCUGAAGAAACUGGGGUUUGGAUACCCGUUUCUGUUCCUCCUCUGUCAGAAAGUGAUCACGAUGAGUGGGCCAGAGGUUUGUAUCCAAAUGGGGGAUACUUCCCUGAAGGAGAUAUUGGUUGGAGUCAGUGUGUUGAGGAAGAUAAAGAGUUGACCAUGUGGGAGGUGGUAGUUGAAAUGUUACUUGUGGCCAGGGGAAAGGUGAGUUCUUUAGCUUCUGGCGAUAUUCGUAAGGUUUCAUGGAUAUCAAGCCACCUAAUUGAGCAAGCCUGGAAAGAGAUGGCUGAAACUCUUACUGAAGCCAAUAUUAGUAACACAACAAAGAUUCUUGAAACAGAGCCACCAAAAUGGCUGCCUGAUAGUGCAGCUUCUGCUUGCAUGCUCUGUAAUAUUCGGUUUCACCCUAUCAUUUGCACCCGGCAUCACUGCCGGUUUUGUGGAGGAAUAUUUUGCGGUGAGUGUACUAGAGGAAGGAGCUUGUUGCCAUCUAAGUUUCAUUUGGGGGAUCCACAACGGGUAUGUGAUGUAUGUUGUGUGCGUCUUCAAUCCGUUCAGUCAUAUUUAAUGGAUCAGGUAAGUCAUGCUGCUCAGUUACCAACCCAUGAUGUGACAGACCUUAGCACUUUAAGAUCAUGGCUAAAUUUUCCAUGGGGACAGUCCAUGGAAUACGAGAUUUAUAAGGCCACAAACACAAUUCAAGGUUACAAUAGUAAGGUAGGUUCUUUGAGACCCGACAAGGCAAUUCCCGAUGCUAUUCUACGACAAGCAAAAGGCCUUGCAAUACUCACUAUCGUGAAAGUUGGCAUGAUGGUUACAUACAACAUUGGAACGGGACUGGUUAUUGCUCUUAGGGAAGAUGGCACAUGGUCUCCGCCUUCUGCCAUUUCUUCUUUUGGUGUGGGUUGGGGAGCUCAGGCUGGUGGAGAACUGAUAGACUUAAUAAUUAUACUGAGGACAAAUGAUGCUAUUAAGACGUUUAGCAGUGAUGUACAUCUUUCAGUUGGAGCUGGUUUGAGUGCAGCUGUUGGCAUUGUUGGACGAGUAGUUGAAGCUGAUGUGCGAGCUGGUGAUAGUGGCUAUGCUGCUUGUUAUACAUAUAGCUGCAGUAAAGGUGCAUUUGUUGGAUGUUCCCUAGAAGGGAGCAUUGUCACUACCCGCACACGAGAGAAUUCCCGAUUUUACGGCAGCCAGUCAAUAAAUGCAUCAAAUAUUCUUCUUGGAUCAUUACCUAGGCCAGCUGCAGCUGCCAUUUUCUAUCGUUCACUUGGAGAUUUAUAUCAGAAGCUUGAGAAGUGAUCAGUGUUGUAUCCAAGAUUUGAAAUUUCAUGCAACUUAUUUUUACGAGUAUGGGAUUGGAAUGCUUUGGCUGUGAAUGCACUUCUGUAUUUACUGCAUUUGUAAAUAGUUUGUACCAAAAAAGGAUCGUUCUUUGCCCUGUGUAAAUGGUUUGGGCUCAAAACUUUGGUAAAAAAUCUUGGCGGUGGAGGUUUUGACAGCAAUGUAAAUACAAUAUGCUAUGACAACAUGCUCUUCGCGCUAUCUUCUUGUAUAUAACUCGGAUUGGUUAACAGCUUGAAUGUAUUGCCAAGGAUAAAAACGUACGAUCCAUUUA